AUGAUAUCUUUGAGUCAACUAAAAGCUAAGAAUUUUUUAGUUACGACUGCUUCGAAGCACUACAAAGUACCUGAAAUAGAAGAACCUAAACCAAAAAAAAAAUAUUAGAAUUUGGCAAAAAUCCAAUUCAAGUUCUAAAUAGAAGAUGAAGAUUAUCAUUCAGUUUUGAAGGAGAUUGUUCAAAUGUAGAAAAACAAAUUUCCAUUGAUGCCCUUGCAUUUGCAUUAGAAACCAAACCCAUCGAUGAAGGGGUUAUCAAUAGGUAGAAUCACAAAUGGAUAGGAAAUAUAAAGACCAAUGACUUUAGAAGAUUGCAGAACUACAAUAAAAACGUAGAAGAUGAGCAGAGACACACAUAGAGAUACAAGUCAACCUAUUUUGGAAGAAUUCAAUAAAUAAUUAUCUAGUACUAAGAUAAAGGAGAAUUAACCAGCAAAAGUAUUUACUGAUAGAAGUAAAUCAAGUAAGUUGCAUAUGGGAUCAACUUUUUAACAUUUCUAAAAUUAGACAUAGUAAUUUGAAGUAGUUUUUGAUAACAAUCAGCAGUCAUCUCAAUUAAAGAAGAGAAUAACGUAGAAAUAAUUUAAUCUCUACAAAAACAGGAAGAUUGCAACACCUAAUCUAUCUUUGUAAUUCAAAUAGCUAAAGGAAAAAGAACAAGAAAUGGAAAAGAGACUUCUUUAAGAUAUGAGGAAGGAAUUUGAUAGGGAAUAUGUUGAAAAAUUACCCUGA